CCAUCGCCUUGCUUGCUAGGGUCUGCGGAAGUGCCGCUCGCCCCUCUGCGCGGCCCCCCGGCGGCCUCUUUCUGCCCUCGGAACCGGCAGUUAGCUGGACAGGCCCUCAGGGCCCGGCGCCCAGGGACUCGAAGGACCCGCCUGCGCCCCGCGAGGCCCCGGGGACUCGGGCUUCCGCCUUCCUGCUGCCCUCGUUCUCUCCAGUGUCACGCUUAGUCCCUGCUGGCCGCCCCACUGCGACCAUGUUCGUUCCUUGUGGGGAGUCGGCCCCCGACCUUGCCGGCUUCACCCUCCUCAUGCCAGCAGUAUCUGUUGGAAAUGUUGGCCAGCUUGCAAUGGAUCUAAUUAUUUCUACACUGAAUAUGUCUAAGAUUGGUUACUUCUAUACUGAUUGUCUUGUGCCAAUGGUUGGAAACAAUCCAUAUGCAACGGCAGAAGGAAAUUCAACAGAACUUAGUAUAAAUGCUGAAGAUCCUUUAAAAAGUUCUAAGGAACACACAUUAUAUUCAUUGCCUUCAAGAAAGCUGGUGGCUCUUCAGUUAAGAUCCAUUUUUAUUAAGUAUAAAUCAAAGCCAUUCUGUGAAAAACUGCUUUCCUGGGUGAAAAGCAGCGGCUGUGCCAGAGUCAUUGUUCUUUCGAGCAGCCAUUCCUAUCAGCGCAAUGACCUGCAGCUUCGCAGUACUCCCUUCCGGUACCUGCUUACACCUUCCAUGCAAAGAAGUGUUCAAAAUAAAAUAAAGAGCCUUAACUGGCAAGAAAUGGAAAAAAGUCGGUGCAUUCCUGAAAUAGAUGAUUCCGAGUUUUGUAUCCGCAUUCCGGGAGGAGGUAUCACAAAAACACUCUAUGAUGAAAGCUGUUCUAAAGAAAUCCAAAUGGCAGUUCUGCUGAAAUUUGUUUCAGAAGGGGACAACAUCCCAGAUGCAUUAGGUCUCGUUGAGUACCUUAAUGAGUGGCUUCAGAUAAUCAAACCACUUAGCGAUGACCCCACAGCAUCUACCUCACGGUGGAAAAUACCAAGUUCUUGGCGAUUACUCUUUGGCAGUGGUCUUCCCCCGGCACUUUUUUGAUCUGUUGUCCAUUUUAUACCCAGAACACUUACUACCAACACAACUGUUAAACAUUCUAGACAAAAAAUCAUAUGAUCCGAGAACAUAUUAGGAAAUUACCUUCACCGUAAAUGUCAAAGGAAAAGAUUAAGGAUCUCUUUGCCAUGCUUUUCAUCAUAUGCAACCAAUGUGAAUUUUGUACAAUAAAAUUUUAUUUCCUAAGUAA